UGCCAUUAGAAACAAAUGCUGUGUGGUUUUGUGCCGAUCUAAUAAUUUUCGAUAAUAAGCUUUUAUUGAAAAAGUUCAUGUGAUACAAAAAUCCUCCAUCAUGACUUUAACGAAGAUGGAGGUGGAUAACGCGAAGGGAGAGGGCUUUAGGCCAUACUACAUCACAAAGAUUGAAGAAUUACAACUCAUCGUGGCCGAAAAAUCUCAAAAUCUUCGUCGUCUACAGGCCCAAAGAAAUGAGCUGAACGCGAAAGUACGCAUGCUGCGGGAGGAGCUCCAGUUGCUACAGGAGCAGGGUUCUUACGUGGGCGAAGUUGUAAAACCUAUGGACAAGAAAAAAGUGCUUGUCAAGGUUCAUCCUGAGGGCAAGUUCGUAGUAGACCUCGAUAAGAACGUCGAUAUUAACGAUGUAACAGCCAACUGCCGCGUCGCACUGCGAAACGAGAGCUACACUCUUCACAAAAUCCUGCCCAACAAAGUCGAUCCAUUAGUAUCUCUUAUGAUGGUCGAGAAGGUUCCAGACUCAACUUAUGAGAUGGUAGGAGGCUUGGAUAAGCAAAUCAAGGAGAUUAAGGAGGUAAUUGAACUACCUGUUAAACAUCCCGAGUUGUUUGAUGCACUUGGCAUAGCUCAACCUAAAGGAGUACUUUUGUACGGGCCUCCGGGCACUGGCAAGACACUGCUUGCCAGAGCUGUAGCUCAUCAUACAGAGUGUACAUUUAUUCGUGUAUCUGGCUCUGAGUUGGUGCAGAAGUUUAUUGGUGAAGGCAGUCGCAUGGUGCGAGAACUCUUUGUAAUGGCUAGAGAACAUGCUCCGUCUAUCAUUUUCAUGGACGAAAUUGAUUCUAUUGGAUCAUCUCGUAUUGAAUCUGGUAGCGGUGGUGACUCCGAAGUACAAAGAACUAUGUUGGAGUUACUUAACCAACUGGAUGGCUUCGAGGCUACAAAAAAUAUAAAAGUCAUCAUGGCAACAAACAGAAUUGAUAUCUUGGAUCCAGCAUUGUUGAGACCUGGACGUAUUGAUAGGAAGAUUGAGUUCCCUCCACCAAAUGAAGAAGCUCGAUUGGACAUUUUGAAAAUUCACUCCAGAAAAAUGAAUCUAACUAGAGGAAUCAACCUCCGUAAGAUUGCAGAGUUGAUGCCUGGUGCUUCUGGUGCAGAAGUUAAAGGCGUCUGCACAGAAGCAGGAAUGUACGCUCUCCGUGAACGUCGUGUCCAUGUCACGCAGGAGGACUUUGAAAUGGCCGUAGCUAAAGUAAUGCAGAAAGAUUCUGAGAAAAAUAUGUCUAUUAAGAAACUCUGGAAAUAACUUGCAUAUUCUUUACAUUUUAAAAUACUGCUUGUUUUUAGAAAAUUAAUUAAAAUAUACCU